CAAGCACCCGGGGUCAGUAGGGGGCCCCAUAAAAUGCCCCUUGUACCUUUUAUAGGCUUUUUUGGGUGUGUUUUGAGUGUGGGCAAGGACACAGGGGCCCCAUGAUCCCCAAUUUCCCGGGGGCCCCAUGAGUUGUCAGUCCGCCCUUGCAUCAACCAUAACCAACCAUGCUGCAACUACUGACCAUAAUGUGGUAUUUUCCUGUUCCAUGCACUUCUUAUGUAUCAAGAAUAUCUGACAUGGAAAGAAAAUACCCUAAUACCAUUCAGUUCUGGC